AUGCUCUCUGCCGCUAAACGUUGUUUUUCUACCACCCGUUUCAACCCAUACAAAGUCACCGUGCUAGGCGCGGGCGGUGGAAUUGGACAACCAUUGUCUUUGUUGCUGAAACUAAACCAAAAAGUCACCGAUCUUAGACUUUACGAUCUCAAGGGCGCUCCUGGCGUUGCUGCUGACUUGUCACACAUCCCCACCAACUCGGUUGUCAAGGGCUUUGCUCCCGACAACAACGGGCUGCAAGAAGCGCUAAAGGGAACUGAGGUGGUGUUGAUCCCCGCUGGUGUGCCCAGAAAGCCAGGAAUGACCCGUGACGACCUUUUCUCGAUCAACGCGUCGAUCGUGCGCGACCUGGCUGCCGCAUGCGCCGAAAACGCGCCCGACGCGGCGAUUUUGGUCAUCUCCAACCCUGUCAACUCCACCGUCCCCAUCGUGUCUCAAGUGCUCAAGAGCAAGGGUGUCUACAACCCUAAGAAGCUAUUUGGUGUCACCACCCUCGACGUGAUCCGUGCUUCCCGUUUUAUCUCAGAGGUGGCCAAAACCAACCCUACCCAGGAGAAGGUUACCGUGAUAGGUGGCCAUUCCGGUAUCACCAUCAUCCCAUUGAUCUCCCAGACCAAGCACAAGAACAUGGACACUGCUGCUCGCGACGCUUUGAUCAACAGAAUCCAAUUCGGCGGUGACGAGGUGGUCAAGGCCAAGAACGGUGCUGGCUCUGCCACUUUGUCCAUGGCCCAAGCCGGUGCCAGAUUCGCCAACUCCGUCUUGCAAGGUCUUGACGGCGAAAGCGACGUCAUUGAACCCGCUUUCGUCGACUCUCCCUUGUACAAGAGCGAAGGAAUCGAGUUCUUUGCCUCCCCUGUGAAGCUCGGCCCUCACGGUGUGGAAAAGAUCUACUCUAUUGGAGAACUCUCCUCUGAAGAAGAAGAACUUUUGGCCAAGUGCAAGGAGACUUUGAAGAAGAACAUCGAGAAGGGUGUCAAGUUCGUCACAGAGGCUUGA